AUGAGUUUAGAAAAUGACGAUAAGAGAGCACGCACUCGAUCCAAGUCUAUCCGAGUGCCCACGGAGCUCAUCGGCCAGGAGGUGAGCUGUCCAACCCCAGGCUGUAAUGGCUCAGGACAUAUUCGUGGGAAGUAUGCGAGACACAGAAGUUUACAAAGCUGCCCUCUAGCCAAGAAGAGGAAACUUCAGGAUGCUGAGGCCGAACAUCUGGUGUCGAAGAGGAAAUCCCAUCCGCUCAAACUGGCCUUGGAUGAAGGCUACAAUGUCGACAGUGAUGGCAGCGAGGAGGCCGAGGCCAAGGAGGAGUCUGGCUCCGAUGAGUCGGAGGGGAUGCUGGAGGAGGACGAGGUGGAGGCAAUGGAGCAGGAGGAGACCCACAGCCCCGAGGCAGCAGAAGAGAGAAGCCCAGCAAAAUCAACCCACUACGGACAAAACACAGCAACAAGUACAUCUGGGCCGAGCAAGGCCAACUAUAGCAGCUACCAAGAAAUAAUCGCCAACUCUCUCCUGAACUUAGGCCAAAUAGCAGAGGAAACCCUCGCCAUCGAAGGACAGCUGCCCGAAGCGGGGCUGCAGGGCUCCAAGCCCGCAUCCAACGUCGUGCAUUUGGUCCACGAGGAUGUGGGAGAGGAGCUGGUGGAGGAGGAGUGCGACAAGGAGAUCAUCAUCCAGACGGAGGAUGCGGAGGAGGUCAUCGAGGUCACCAGUGAGCGCAGCAGCGAGUUGUGUCCAGAGCCCCGGGAUGACGCAAACGGAGAGGAGUCCUGCAAAGUGGAAAAGGCUGAAGCAGAAGAAGAGGAUGAGGAGGAUGAUGAUGAUGAGGAGGAUGAGGAGGAGGAAGAGGAGGAAGAGGAUGAGGAGGAGGAGGAGGAAGAGGAAGAAGAGGAGGAGGAAGAGGAGGAGGAGAUGGCUCCUGAAGUGAUCUGCGAGGAAGCUCCUCACACUUCUCAGGACCCCCAGAAAAGCCACUGUGAAGGGCAGUUCAGCCCCAAGCCCGAGUACUCGGUCAUCGUGGAGGUCCGGUCGGAUGACGAUAAGGACGAUGAUGCGCGGUCCCAGAAAUCAGCCGUGACCGAUGAGUCGGAGAUGUACGACAUGAUGACCAGGGGGAACCUGGGGCUGCUGGAACAAGCCAUUGCCCUGAAAGCCGAGCAGGUGAAAAUUGUGCGGGAACCCAGCCGGCUACCAGGAGAGCACGUGAAACACUUCCAGGUGGAGGACAAACAGAACAAACCGCUGGACAGCAUCCGGAAGAGUUACUAUGGCAAAGAUCCUUCAAGACCUGAGAAGCGAGAAAUCAAAUGUCCAACUCCUGGCUGCGAUGGGACUGGACACGUCACGGGGCUUUACCCUCACCACCGCAGCCUCUCCGGUUGUCCGCACAAAGACAGGAUCCCCCCCGAGAUCCUGGCGAUGCACGAGAAUGUGUUGAAAUGCCCCACGCCCGGGUGCACAGGACAGGGUCACGUCAACAGCAACCGCAACACGCACAGGAGUUUAUCUGGGUGCCCCAUUGCUGCUGCUGAAAAAUUAGCCAAAUCACAUGAAAAGCAACAAACCCAAUCUGGUGAUCCUGCAAAGACCAGCUCCAAUUCUGACCGGAUACUCAGGCCUAUGUGUUUUGUGAAGCAACUGGAGAUCCCUCAGUAUGGAAGCUAUCGGCCCAACAUGGUCCCAGCAACCCCCCGGGCCAACUUGGCCAAGGAGCUGGAGAAGUACUCCAAGGUCACCUUCGAUUAUGCAAGUUUUGAUGCUCAGGUUUUUGGCAAACGCAUGCUUGCCCCAAAGAUUCAGACUAGCGAAACCUCACCUAAAGCCUUUAAAUGCUUUGACUACUCCCACGACGCUGAGGCUGCGCACAUGGCGGCCACUGCCAUCCUCAACCUUUCCACCCGCUGCUGGGAGAUGCCCGAGAAUCUCAGCACAAAACAACAAGAGGUCCCUGGCAAGUCCAUGGACAUUGAGGUGGAUGAAAAUGGGACUCUGGACUUGAGUAUGAACAAACACCGCAAACGGGAGAGCACCUUUCCCAGCAGCAGCAGCUGCAGCAGUAGUCCCAGCAUGAAGUCCCCAGAUGUGUCCCAGCGCCAAAACAGCACCAGUGCCACCAGCAGCACCAUGACCUCCCCCCAGUCCAGCCAGACCUCCCGCCAGGAUGAAUGGGAUGGGCCCAUUGACUACACUAAACCAAACCGCCAGCGGGAAGAGGAGCCAGAGGAGUCAGAGCCUGCUGCUCACUCUUUCGCCUCCUCGGAAGCUGAUGAGCAAGAAGUGUCAGAAGAAAACUUUGAAGAGAGAAAAUAUCCAGGUGAAGUUACUUUAACCAACUUCAAGCUGAAAUUCCUCUCCAAGGACAUCAAGAAAGAGCUGCUCACUUGCCCAACCCCAGGCUGUGACGGCAGUGGACACAUAACGGGGAACUAUGCCUCUCACCGCAGCCUUUCUGGUUGUCCUCUUGCUGACAAGAGCCUCAGAAACCUCAUGGCUGCCCACUCUGCUGACCUCAAGUGCCCUACUCCUGGUUGUGAUGGUUCUGGUCACAUAACAGGAAAUUAUGCAUCACAUAGAAGUCUGUCAGGCUGCCCUCGUGCCAAGAAAAGUGGGAUCAAGAUCACCCCGACAAAGGAUGAUAAAGAAGACCCAGAGCUGAUGAAGUGUCCAGUUCCGGGCUGUGUUGGGCUGGGACACAUCAGUGGCAAGUACGCGUCCCACCGGAGCGCCUCCGGCUGCCCUCUGGCAGCCCGCAGGCAGAAGGAAGGAUCGCUCAAUGGAUCCUCCUUUUCCUGGAAGUCCUUGAAGAACGAAGGCCCAACUUGCCCCACCCCAGGCUGUGAUGGUUCUGGCCACGCCAACGGGAGCUUCCUCACUCACAGAAGUUUGUCAGGGUGUCCAAGAGCUACUUUUGCUGGGAAAAAAGGAAAACUCUCAGGGGACGAAAUUCUCAACACAAAGUUCAAGACCAGUGAUGUUCUGGAGAAUGAUGAGGAGAUCAAGCAGCUGAACAAGGAGAUCAGUGAGUUGAACGAGUCCAACUCAGAGAUGGAAGCAGCCAUGGUGAAACUCCAGUCCCAGAUCUCCACCAUGGAGAAGAACCUGAAGAAUAUUGAGGAGGAAAACAAAAUCAUAGAGGAGCAAAAUGAAGCCCUGUUCCUGGAGCUCUCAGGGUUGAGCCAGGCUCUCAUCCAAAGUCUUGCCAAUAUCCGCCUUCCACACAUGGAGCCAAUUAGUGAGCAGAAUUUUGAUGCCUAUGUGAACACACUGACAGACAUGUACACCAACCAGGAGUGCUACCAGAACCCGGAGAACAAGGACCUGCUGGAGAGCAUCAAGCAAGCCGUCAAGGGCAUCCAGGUGUAGUGCUGUGG